UGGCCGGACAGAGCAGAGAAAAGCUUCAGGAUGGAGAAGCUGCUGAGGAAAUGUCAGAUCAGGAACCAGCUGUUCAGGGAGUGCCUGGCGGAGUGUCUGGGAGUCUACAUCCUCAUCCUGUUUGGAUGUGGCUCUGUUGCCCAGGUGACCACAAGUCAAGAGAAAAAUGGUCACUAUCUGUCCAUCAAUCUGGGUUUUGCUUUGGGAGUCACGUUUGGGAUCUUUGCGUCUCGUGGAGUCUCAGGGGCUCAUCUGAACCCUGCUGUGACUCUGAGUUUGUGUGUUCUGGGGAGACAUUCGUGGAUAAAACUUCCAUUUUACGUCUUCUCCCAGGUGUUUGGAGGUUUUCUGGCUGCAGCCACAGUCGCUCUGCAGUACUACGACGCCAUCCAAGCGUUCACUGGAGGUGAGCUGACAGUAACGGGUCCCACGGCCACAGCGGGAAUAUUCAGCACCUACCCAGCCGACUACCUCAGUCUGUGGGGAGGAAUCGUGGACCAGGUGAUAGGCACGGCCGCCCUGCUGCUAUGUGUCCUGGCUCUCGGGGACCAGAAGAACGGUUCCAUCCCUGAUGGUCUUCAGCCGGUCCUGGUGGGAGGAGCUGUUCUGGUUCUUGGUAUCUCCAUGGGCUCAAACUGUGGAUACGCCCUGAACCCGGCCAGGGAUUUUGGACCUCGACUGUUCACGUACAUCGCCGGCUGGGGGGUGGAUGUGUUCAGGGCUGGAGGCGGCUGGUGGUGGGUGCCCAUAGUGGCUCCAUGUGUCGGGGCACUGCUGGGAACGCUGAUCUACAUGCUGAUGGUUGAAGUCCACCAUCCUCCUGCUUUUCAGGAGGCCAAGAAGGAAGUAGAACUUGAAGGGGUGGAACCAGAGGGAGAGAAACCUGCAUAGCAGUAACAUUAAGUGGUGUUAAAGAGGGAGAGGAAUCUUUAUCUAUGUAAACUAAAGUCUGUGUAAAUGUCUGAUCUGUUAAA